AUGCCCAGUACUGGGUCCUUCCCUUCCACAGUGCCCCAAGGGGGCUCAAGCCCUGGCCCCCCCCAGCCAGGGCCAGAGCCAGAGCCGGACCCAGAUCCCCCCAAGAAGAAGAGGAAGAAGAAAUACCUUCGUCAUGACAAGCCUCCCUACACCUACCUGGCCAUGAUAGCCCUGGUGAUCCAAGCUGCCCCAGCUCGGAGACUCAAACUGGCCCAGAUCAUUCACCAGGUUCAAGCCCUGUUCCCCUUCUUCAAGGAUGACUAUGAAGGGUGGAAGGAUUCUAUCCGGCACAACCUCUCCUCCAACAGAUGCUUCCAUAAGGUGCCCAAGGACCCAGAAAAGCCACAGGCCAAAGGGAAUUUUUGGGCAGUGGAUGUGAACCAGAUCCCUACUGAGGCCCUUCGAUUGCAAAACACAGCUGUGGCCCGUCGAGGGGAGAGGGGUGGUCAGGGCAAAGCCUUUGCCAAAGACCUGACCCCCUAUGUUCUCCAUGGCUGGCCCUACCGGCCCCCGAGCCCCAGCCUAGCCAUCGACUCCUUCAGUAUUGAUUCCUUGCUUGGGGAUAUUCCAGAAGGGCCCCAACCACCACGACCUUCCUCCUCUUCCUCCUCUUCCUCUUCUUCCUCUUCCACUUCAGAGCUGGUGUCUUGGCCCCGGGGCACCCUCUCCAAGUCACAAGAGGGGCCUUAUUGGGGCCAUGGGGCACCGAUCUCUCCUUUGUCCUUUUCCUCUCCCUCAGAGGGGGGACUCUGGCCCCUUUGGGCUAUCUCUCUCCUGCAGGGUACUUCAACCCAGGCAGGGCUGUUGGGAACCUCUGGGGGAUCCCAGUGCCCUCCUCCCCUUUCAUCUGAGCAGGGCUCCUGGCCUCUCCUUCCUCUUCCUAUGAUUCAGGGUACUUCAAGCCAGGUACAGCUAUCAGGAGGUACCAGGGUUCCCCUUUGGGGGCAGCUGCCCACAUCAUACUCUCCUAUAUACACCCCAAAUGUGGUGAUGCCCUUGGCACAGCUCUCACCCCAAACUUGCCCUCAGUGUCUUCCCUCUUCAGGUCCUUCCUACUGGGGGCUAACACCCAAGGCCACAGGUCCCACUGGUUCCUUAGGGGACCUGGAUGCUCUCUUCCAGGCAGUGCCACCUAACAAGAGCAUCUAUGAUGUGUGGGUCACUCAUCCCUUGGAUCUGGUAUCUCCUAAUUCCAGGGGUUCUACCCCAGGGACACUACUCACCUGGUACAACGUAUGA